AUGCUGGAGUUCGCAGCGAAGCGCUUGGAAUGUCAAGAUGCACAGCAGCGAGAACAUUUGGAAAGGAUGACGGCAGCUGAAAUCCGAGUCUUAACCGCCUUCACCCAUCCCAACAUCAUCCCCCUGCUGGGGCAUUGCUUGCAUGCUGAUGGUGCUAUUUUGGUCUAUGGGUUUCAGCCUGAGGGCAGUUUGGACCGACAUCUCAUCAAUGAUGAGAAGGCCCGACAGCUCACUUGGGGCCGGAGGAGCGGCAUCAUCUCUGGUUUGCUCACAGCAGUCAGACACAGCAGCACCACCAUGCAACUCACACAGAGUGGUGGUCCAGCAGGCACCCCGGGCUUUAUGUGCAAACGAUAUGUGGAGACUGGCAAAUUCAACGACAAGUCGGAGGUUUACUCAAUUGGAGUCACAAUUGUCCAAGUGAUUACGGGCAAGACAGACUUCGAUGAUGACUUCCUUUCGGACCUCAUUGAGGAAGCAAAUGCUGAGUUCAUCACCCAGAAACAUGAUCAACGCGUGCUAGAGGAUGCGGAGAUCUUGAAGAAGCUCUCAGCAAUGGCAGCUGCCAGUGUCGAGCGCUAUGCGAAGCGCAUCCAAGUCAUGCCUUUGUUGCGCCAAGCGCGCGAUGCUGCCGCCACCGUUUCCACUGGUGAAAUCCCAGCUUUGAACUCGCAAGUGGAACAGAUGGCUGCGGAACUGCGGCGCUGGCGCCUGAGAGAGGAAGCUGCACAAGCAGCUUUGAAUUGA